AUGCAGAAGUACGGCCACGCUUUGCAUGGGUCAGAUGUUGACGGGCUGCCUCAGUCUUUACUUCCUACAAAAACAUUGUGGAAUUUUCUCACUGCACCAGUCUCCCGGGCUAUUCUGGUGGAUAGCUUUUGGUGGCUCUUUCUCCACUUCUAUCAGCCAAACCCAGAGAUAGAGGAACAGCUGUUUGAUCGUAUUGCAAAGAAUUAUGCUUUCCUCCUCCUUGACUAUCACCAGUUCCACCACCAGGAGGCCUUCAUUGAGGCUUUCCCUUCAUUGCUGAGUCAAGCCUUGUACGUUUGCUUCUGCUCUGGUUUCCCAAGAUCACAUUUCAAUACUGAUGAGUUCAAGACACAGCUUUGUAAUAUAAUUUCAGAAUGGAUGGCAGGCACACGACCAAUCCCAAGAAGUUAUGCUCACUGGGACUACUCCCAGUUGGAACCGGAGAGAUUCAAGAUGAGCAACCUGGAGUCACCAAAAGGGAAGCACGGAAAUA